UUUCGAGAAUCUCGAGAGCUCCUCUCUUGCCGCCGAUUGUGUUGGAUUGUGUUGAGUGAACGAUACUCAAAAGAGAGGAAAAAGAGAUAGAGCGCAUAAACAAGUGCAAUAGCACGCCUUGUAAAGUCUCGCCGCACUCGGUUCGUUGAUUGGUAAUGAGACAGCAAUUAGUCCCCGCGGAUUAACCUCGCACCGUACUGAGUGAUAAGCAAAUUUCUCGAUUCAACGCGAAGCAGUUUAAUUAGCUCGUGUGAUUUAAUUGUCUAAUUUCUACGGUAUAAUGGCGUAUAAAAGUUUGUAUCUCCGUAGUGGAUGUACAAUGGACAUUGUCAUGCAACAUUAGAUAUUAAUGUGCAACUUGCUUGCUUGACACAUUGGUUUUUAUGAGAAUGUGAAAGAUUGAUUCAUACUAUGACAUAUGAUGGAUAUAUAACUUGACAGUGGUAGGGUGAUUUUAUGUUGCAAGAUCAGUAUUGAAAAGACAUCGUAUCUAGGAAAAUGAGUGAGACCACUUCAAUGAAUGAUGUACCUGAAAGCAAUGGUGCAGUGGAGCAGCCUACUUACAAUGGGGAAGUGGAAGAACACACAACCAAGUCUCCAGUAAGUACUGAGGAGAAGGUGCCGGAUUCAGUAUGUGACAAUAGUGUGAAGAGAAGUGCCACUGCAACUGGCAAUAACAACACACCGAAUAGAACAAAAAAACGUAAAAAAGCUAGAGAUGCUACCGCGCCGAGACAGCCUUUGAGUGGUUACUUCCUGUUCUUAAACGAUCGAAGAGAGAAGGUCCGAAACCAGAAUCCAAGUUUAACGUUCACGGAGAUAACAAAGCUUCUAGCUGCAGAAUGGAGUAAAUUACCGCUCGAUCAGAAACAACAUUAUUUAGAUGCGGCUGAACAAGAGAAAGAGCGCUACAAUCGCGAGUUUAGCGAGUAUAAACAAACAGAAGCAUACCGACUGUUUAAUGAAAAACAGUUAGAAAGACAAAAUGAAAAUAAGAAGGAGAGAAAUGGCACGGAUGUAAAUGCUGAGCAGAAUGAUGUUCACCAAGACAAGGACAAUGACUUCACGGGCUUCGAUAUCCCUAUUUUUACAGAAGAAUUUCUGGAUCAUAACAAAGCCUGUGAGGCGGAAUUAAGACAACUGCGAAAAGCUACAUCCGAUUAUGAAGCUCAGAACGCGGUUCUUCAGCGACAUGUGGACAGUCUGCAUGCAGCCGUGAAUCGCUUGGAGUCCGAAACUAAUCAACAACGAACAUCUAAUCAAGCUUUGCAGCGUCAUUUAGAUUCUCUUCGUUCUCAAUUGGCAGGCUGCUUUGCCACCAUACCACUUCCAGGCACGCACGAUGGUGCUACGUUACAAAAUAUCGACAGUUAUUUCGAGAGGUUGGAGUCUCUAUUUAGCGGUAAUGUCGAACAAAGUCUACGUAAUGCCGUACGUAAUGCCGUGUCCCGUCUCGAGUUAAUUGGAUGACGAUCGCCUUCAAGCAAUACAACCGGUGCGGUAAAACACCAUCGUUCAAGGCAUUCACAUCGAAAGUAACCAGGAAAAUUUAGGUGCGUUAUUUUUAGCGAUUUGUAAAUUCCACGUUCUUAUACCUCACAGGUAGGACCGAUGAUUGCCAGUUAUUUAAGUGAAUUUACCUGUAUAUCUAAUUAUUACUUGUAUCUUUAUAAUAUAUGUGACAAUAAUUUACGUUAUUUUUAUAUAUACUUAUUUCGAUCAAAAUUUUAUUUUAAAUAUAAUGUAGAUAAUUUCAACUUCUGUUACGUAUCUUAAUUUGAUAUGAACGUGAGCCAACUUAUGUGCAUUUAUGUACAUUGAAAUAGUUUGUCUAUCGAGAUCAAAAUCUUAUUAAUUAAUAUCCAAUGAUUUGAAUGAUUAAAAAAUUUAGAACAUCUAAA